UUCGGCUGCUUUAAAAUAUCCUUCUGUCUCUACUUUUGACUCCCCCGGGGCUCAUGUCAUCUCUCACCGUUGGCGUGCUUCCGACCUCAUCGUCAUUGCCAGCCGUCUGCCUCGUUGCUCUUCCUCCCCCGGCCGGUCUGCCUUGAGCUGACUGAGGAUAGAAGUUGGGGGUCAAGGAGGCUUUCCUCCGGCCACUCGUUUUAACAUCGAUGUUUGUGUUGUCUCAAAACUAUCGCCUUAUUCUUUCUUAUUAUUAUUUUUUUUUUCUCUCCCCCGCCCCUACGUUCUAACGCUCGCAACUGCUGAAUCCCCCUAUCGAACGGCGGACUUUUCCCCGGUUAAGCGCUUGCUUGCAUUUGACCACGGAAUCUUCCUCCUUCCAUCCUCGCUAUAGUGGCUACCACACACCCACUGUACUGAUGGGAUUCAUCCAACGGAUUUCAAAGCGGCUCCCCUCCGCGCCCAGUCUGCCACUGGAUGACCCACCGCGUGAGAAGGGUCGCAUACUUCCCAGAUUCGCUUUUUUCAGGCGGAGGAUACGAUUGAAGAGGAACUCAACGAUUUCAAUACCGUUGGGCUUUGUAUUACUAUUCCCAUGCCUUGUAAUAGUCCUUAUUCUGCUCCUUGUUCUUCGACAUCCCUCUUCAUCCGGAGGAAUCUUGGUUCCUGCCGGUACACCACCGUCUAUAAGGAAAAUAAGUGAAAAGCAUGACAAGGUCUUUGCCACUGGUUGUCUCCAUAUCGACACCAGUACUCCGCGUGCGAAUGCCGCAUUUGUCGUUCUCGCCAGGAAUAAGGAACUAGAAGGCGUCGUCCAGUCCAUCAAAUCGAUCGAGAGACAUUUCAAUCGGUGGUGGAAUUACCCCUACGUCUUCCUGAACGAUGCCGAUUUCGACCAGGAAUUCAAAGACACUGUCAGGAAUUAUACUAGCGGUCAUACUGAAUUCGGCAAGAUUGACAGCUCCAUGUGGGGUUUCCCGGAUUGGGUUGACCUAGAAGCCGCAAAGGAAGGUAUCAGGAAGCAGGGAGAUGCUGCUAUUAUGUACGGAGGAAUGGAGAGUUAUCAUCACAUGUGCCGCUUCUACUCAGGAUUUUUCUAUAAGCAUCCCCUUCUUCUGAAGUACGAAUGGUACUGGCGUUUGGAGCCCGAAAUCAAGUACUUCUGUGACAUUACUUACGAUCCGUUCCUCAAAAUGGCCGAGGCGAACAAGACCUACGGCUUUACCAUCGCCGUCAAGGAGCUUCGGGAGACAGUUCCUAACAUCUUCCGGUACGCCGCUGCCUAUAAGCGUAAGAAGGGCUUGGAGUCUAAGGGCCUGUGGGAGAUGUUUAUCGAGCCUCAGCCCGAAGAGGAGGAAGCGCUGAAAGACGACCAAAAGAAACAAGAAAAGCUUCCCGACGAAAUUCUGCGGACAGAACCUGGCGAGAAUGCCCUCCCGGAGAUUGAUCCUGAAGCCAUGGAAGGCGAAACAUAUAACAUGUGCCACUUUUGGAGUAACUUCGAAAUUGCGCGCCUUGACUUCUUCCGAAGCAGAGACUAUGAGGAGUUCUUCGAGAUGAUGGACCGAAGCGGAGGUUUCUGGAUGGAAAGAUGGGGUGAUGCUCCUAUUCAUUCCCUUGCUGCCGGUGCCCUACUCUCACCUAGCGACAUCCACUAUUUCCGUGAUAUCGGCUAUCGGCAUACAACGAUCCAGCACUGCCCUGCCAAUGCCCCUGCAAGACAAUUGCCCCGAAUUCCAUGGCUGGAAAUGACAACCCAGGAUGAGAAGAAACGUAUUGAAGAAGACGAAUACUGGGCCGAUCCUGACCCCGUCAAAGAGAAUGGCGUGGGUUGUAGGUGCAAGUGUGACACAGAUAUCGUGGACGUGGAGGGCAAACAGGGCAGCUGCCUCGCCGAAUGGGUAGAAGUCGCCGGAGGUUGGGCUUCCCCUUAGACAUGGACCGUACUUUUAAUAUUCGCUGUGCUUCACUGUAUCAUCUUCAUCUCAUUUCCAUGUCCGUGUGUUCGAGCGUGAGCAUCGAUUGAGUCGCGCUUGGAGUUGUUUGUUUGGCCCGUUUUGUGUUGGCCGUGGGGUUCUUUGGACGGCGUUUACCGGAUCUGACGGCUUCUAUGGAAGACGGAGUGACCUUUCGUUCGAUAUGGACAAAUACAUCUAGCAUGCUGUGUACGGUUUUGUCAUUUGGAUUGUGGCUGGUGUCGGCACUCUUUUUGGAAGGAGAAAGGGGGGAAAAAAAAGAAAGGAGAGUCAUUGUCCAACAUUGUUGGAUCGAAUGGCAUCUACGUGUCGUGAAUUGAAAUCCUCUGCGUUAAUUUACUCGAGGAGUCGGUUCCUAACCGCUUGACGUCCGUUGCUUAUGAGCGUCUGCUCAUAAUCCGACUUGCGACAUACGCGAGUUCUCACCGACAUUGGUUGCAUUCGAAUGAUUCUUGCAACUCAUCGGUCCAUGACUCGACUCGAUGGCCCCGCUACGUGCACGACUACAUGUGUCAGGAAGAAGGAUUUCACGAGGUCAUGAGCUUUUAUAAUCUUUUUUUUUUUUUCACUUCCUGUACUCGGAGGAAGGAGGAUGUGGAAGAACUGCAGUGUCUAUCCGUUCAUCAUCAAGACUCUUUUUCAGUCUUCUAAUUCCCCGGUACACAUUAUUAUUGAUUUAUUAUAUUUAGCAUUCCCCUUUUCCUUCUUUUAAUGAAGUGUACAUACCAUUUCCUUUCUUUGCCUUGUGAACACGGGUUUCGACGCAUUGUCCCUACAGGGCAGACAGCAGAGAAGCAUGGUGUGUAUGUAUAGAUUAUGGUGUUAUUCACUGACGUUAAGGGCACCGUUCGCAAUAAUACGAUCAUUUGCUGAUUGCUCUCUAAGCUAUGUAUCUACCUACAUUAUUGCUCCAAGAUAAUAUUCAUCUUGAUCGGUCAUGCCGAAUAGCUACCGCAGUAUCUACGGAGUAAUGCAGGCAUCCUCCAAAGAUAACGUGCCGCUUCGCCGAGGCUUUUCCACUUCUGUUCAAUUAUAUACUUCAUGUCGAAAGACA